AUGAAUGAGAAACGAUUGCCGCCGACUGGGGAGCCGAAGCCUCAACGAAGUGCGUGUGAGAGAUGUCGGAGUCAUAAAUUGAAAUGCAUCCGCACACCGUCUAAUGGGUAUCAUGAUCGAUGUGAUAGAUGCGCCAAAGCAGGUUUACGGUGUCAGACAUUCCCAUCUUUACCUCCGGGAAGACCCCGACUAAACACUGAUCACGGCCGACCAUCUUCACGGCGAUCACAUCAAAAACGGAAGGCUGCUCACGCCCACAAUCUUCCUUAUCUGGGAUCGCAAGAGGAAGCUUCGAGCCAUCUGCGGCGACAAGUAGGUGCUUCUAGUCAUCCGGCAUUCCAAACUGAAGCUUUCACUACGGACGAGGCGACCUCGCAAACAUCCGCCAGAUCAGAUGUUCCAAGAUAUGCCACGGGCACUAUCCAGUCUGCAACCAUUUCAAGCUAUGAUGCGGCCGAUCUUAAUGAUGAUUACAACGUGGCCUUCGAUGACUUUAUGACCUUUCCUGGCCUCGACGGAUGGUCUGACCUCGGCCAAUUCACCCAGCUUCUCGGAGCCGAUCUACCUAUGACAGCGCAAGGUGACAAAAGAUAUCACUACCUUGAAAAGCUCACAUAUCUGAACGCCGAGCUCCUGAAAUAUACCGCCGAUAUCGACAACACAGUGGCUUCCAGUGCUCAAUCGUCGCGCCAGAUAGCGUCAGUCGGACAGAUGCUGCGCUUCGUCCAAAGUUUUCUCGAGGUAGUAAAGUACUACUUGAUAACCUUCCCGAUCAAAAGCGCCCCACGCUUAGCAAAGCAGUCGAAUCCGGAUGUUGAUGAUACCUCCGAGCCUGAAUUCGGGUCUAGGGAGGAAGAGCUAGGCAUUCGCAUAGACAUUCCUGAAGCAGGUGGAAAUAACGAGUCGUCCACACCUCAAGCAAUGGACUCGAAUGAGGGGCGCUCUGGCAUAGACUACCCGACGGCUCUCGCAUUAAGUACUGGUUAUGUCUCGUUAGUCAGGUUGUAUCGUGUUUGGCUACAAGCUAUGGUGGCAAGGUUGGACAAAGCCGCAUAUCGGGUACGAGAGUAUGCCGCUACGAAGCAUUCGGCUGCAACUGGUGACGAGGAUACCAGGGAUCGUUCUGGGAACCAUGUCGCCUAUUCUCAGCUAUUCAGCGAUAUCCCCAACGUGUUGCCCGAUGUGUACCUGGACGGCUUUGACCUGGGCGACUACCGGUCUCUCCAGAUCUCGGUCUUUAUGCAAGUCAGUGUGGAUAUGCUCUGGCGUGUCGAGCGAGGAGUCGCAGCACUGGUUACGACUGAUUCAACCGGAUCCAACACUCCCAGCGGGACUCUGCCACUGCUUCAGGCGAUGUUACAACAGGAGGCUAGAACUACCAACUCCAGACCUGCUCCGCCCCAGGAGAAUAGGAGGGCUGUGCCUGAGGAGAUCGGGUUACAGUCGCUUAAGGUGCUUAUGCGCAGGAUCCGAAAAAGUUUUCGGAGUAAUGUUUGUCUGCAACUCGAAGAGGGCAGCCGAUCCUCCGAACUUGGGAACAUGACUUGGUGA